GAAUUUCAGUGCUGUUGUCAUACAUGCCAACAACAUGUUCAGCAAGGAUGUUCAGGUGUUCGUCCACGCCAAAGUUUUCUUUAGCAUCGAUGGACGCCAGUUCGCUGCGGAACCGGUGCAGUUUUCCUACAUGCCCGACCAUGUUCUGGAUCACGCCCGGGACGUGACAAUCAAAUUGCACCAUCGUCUGGGUCGCUUUCUUCAGUUGCAUUUGUACUUCGCUGCCCGCUGGAUGAUGGUCAGCGAAAUAACGUUUACAUCAGUUCCUGUGUUUGGCAAUUUCACAGAAAAUGAGCUUCUGGAUGAGUUUCCGCCCCUUGGCAGCAGAAAGCCGGACACGUCUGAGUAUCCGCUGCAGCGCGAUGAAGUCGGUAGGGCGGUUAGCAGCGGAGGCGAAAGAAGCCAGCACACGACGCAAGUUAUUUCGCCUAAACCCAUGGACCACCUGGAACCGGAGACGAGUUUCGUUGGCGUCGUAGUCACAGUGCUGGCCACAAUUAUAAUACUGCUUGUCGCGUUCGUACUGCUGAUAGUGGAUCGCAACAAACACUCCCGCGGGAGGGAGCACGUGUUGGAAGGAUUUCAGCACAAUUUCAAUCCGGAAACCCUCUCCAGCAACGGUGUCCUGAAGGUGGUCGCAACAAUGGAUGACAACGAGUCGUCCAUUGACAAGAACAGUCUGUACCAUGAGCCCUUCAACGCGAACAUGUACGCCAGUGCGGCCAGUGCUCGUCCCCUGGAUGACCUGCAGCGCCAGCAUGUAUCGCCGGACUACACAGAUGUACCAGACAUCCUUUGUCAGGACUACGCGGUGCCGCACAUGCAGCAGCUGCUGCCCAGCUCCCCUCCUUGUGGACUAGAUUGUGGCCCGGGAUCCAUAUCAGGAACUGGGACACCGCCGCCCGUGCCUCCUCCGCCGGAGAAAUACUAUGCGGCCACACCAAUUUGCAGCAAACCCUUGCUCGUGCCGCCGCCAGGAUCCCAGAGCAGCGGGUCCCUCAACUCCUCGACUACGGGAGCGACCACGCCCACGAGUGCAAAAGUGGUGAAACCACAUCGGUACAAUGUGGAUAUCAACGCUACCCUCGACAUUAACGAGGAGCGAGCCAAUUACCAAGUUCAGGAGUUCCCGCGCCAAUCCCUGAUUAUCGUCGAGAAACUGGGCUCUGGUGUGUUUGGUGAGCUGCAUUUGUGCGAAACAAAUGUGCUAAGCGCCACCCUCGUGGCAGUGUCCACCCUGCGACCCGGGGCCAGUGACGUCCUGCGGCAGGAGUUCCGCAGCAGAGCCAGGCAGCUGGCGCAGCUGAGCGACCCCAACGUGGCCCGACUGGUGGGGGCGUGUCUGCGGGACGAGCCCAUCUGCAUGGUGCAGGACUACUCCAACUGCCUCGGCGACCUCAACCAGUUCCUGCAGGAGCACGUGGCCGAGACGAGCGGUCUGAUGGCCAGCAAGACCCUGAGUUUCGGGUGCUUAGUCUACAUCGCCACCCAAAUUGCAUCGGGCAUGAAGCACUUGGAGCAAAUGAAUUUCGUUCAUCGGGAUCUGGCAACAAGAAGCUGCAUUAUUGGGCCAGAACUCAGCGUUAAAGUCUGUACAAUCGGAACGGUAAUAAAUCGAUCGGCCUAUACCUCGGACUAUUUCCAGCUUGAAGGCUCGACCGAAAGACCAUCGCAACCCAUGCCCAUUCGUUGGAUGGCUUGGGAGAGUGUGAUAUUGGGAAAGUUUACAACAAAAUCGGAUGUGUGGUCUUUUGCUGUGGCGCUUUGGGAAAUAUUAACUUUCGCCAGGGAACAACCAUACGAACAUAUGACAAACCAAAGUGUUAUCAAAAACAUUGAGCACAUCUACCGCGACUAUAAAAUGCACGAGCUUUUGCCAAUGCCUCUCAACUGUCCGCGGGAAAUUUACGAUCUCAUGUGCGAGUGCUGGCAGCGCGACGAGUCGAGUCGACCCAAUUUCCGAGAGAUUCAUUUGUAUCUGCAGCGGAAGAAUUUAGGUUUUAAGCCAGUGACUCAGACACAUAUGUAUUGAACAGUCCGAUCUAUAAAAACAUACUCUUACCUUCAUUUUUCGUAUUACUAUUAGGUUAAUAAAGACAACUCAUAACUUUUAGCAAAACUCUUUGUAAUGAAAAACAUUUUAAGUUGUUGGAGAGGUUUAAAAAACUCUUUGUUCGUAAACCCUGAAUUUGACAAAUUAAAAUGUUUGUACUUAAUCUGUGUGUCCAAAACGAUGCAGGUAUUGAAGAAAUGUAUAAUACUUAAUUUUAAGAAAAUAAUCAAUCAAUAUAUCUUAAAUACUAAAGAGGAGUUAAAGUGUAAAUGAUACUGAGCAUUCUAUUAAAUAGAAUAUUUAGUGGUAUCAACAAAUGAGAACAUAUUGACAUAUGUGUACCUAUUGCUCCACCACCUGAACGCUAUCUAUCGAAUCAUUUCUGCUUUACAUAUUUAAAAGGACAAAUCGAAUUAAAUCUAUAUUUAUAAACAUGUUAAAAUCUCCACCUGCCGAUGCUGACCCCCUAUUCUAAAUGAAUCUCUUUCGCUACGAAAUUAAGACACAAACAAUUUAAAGCCUUUAUAUGAUUUGACAAUAACUACUAAAGCAAAGAAAGACAAAAACAAUUGUGACAAAAAUGCUUUGUAUUUCUGCAAGUCGAAUUUCUUCGAGUCACAAUCUUAGGCUAAAAUAGGCAUUUAUUUUUAAAUAUACCCUAUAGAAAAGUCAAUUAAUCGCAUAUCAAAUAAAAAUUUACUUAACUUAAGCAGUGCUGUGCUGUAUCCAUGUUUUUUCGUUUUGUUUUAUGAGUCUGAAUGCAUACUAAAAUUUUUGGUUUUUCUUCUAGGAAUUCUCUAGGAAAAGGUUUCUUCGUAACUAACAAUAUUUACACCAAUACCAUCAUGGUCAAUGUCAAUUUAGGUAUUAAUUCGACUUUAAGAACGUUACUAAGAACAAAAAGAAAGCUAGCUUUGGCUAAGCCGACGCUUAUAUACCCUUGCAAAUAUAACUUAAGUCUAUAAAACUACUUGACUCAUUAAAAAUGUAUGGAAACUAGGCUUUUUAUUGUGAGUCCAAUUACUUUAAAUUUAUCAAUUCGGUGCACUAUAAAGUUAUUUUCAAAUUAUGUGAAUUUUUAAUGAAUAUUCUAUUUUGGUGUUUGGCAGUUUUUUGUUAUUUUGGGCUCAAUGCGAUUUUCCUUUUAAUUUCCUUUGAAUUCUUCUAUCGAUCCGAUGACAGCUUUAAAUUAUAACCCUCCAAUUCUAAUAAGUUUGAAUUAAAUUCAAGUCGUUUUUUUAUUUAAAAACAUGAUUUUUGGAAUUAUAAUCUUGAAUCCAUUAAUUAAGUAAAAACCGGCUACCGGAAAAUCUAAAAAAUACGCCCAACGUAGAAACAUGAGAAAAGAAUCGUAAGGUACAAUCAUGUGAAAUGUAAGGAACUAAAAAUUUAAUUUUUACUGCAGUAAGCUUAAUGAAGAAGAAAAAACAAAAAACAGAAUUGCUUAAAUGUGUAUAAAAAAUGUAUUUACAGUUGUGAAUAAAAAGCAAGAAAAGUUAAUAAAGUCAGGGCUUGAAUAGCAGUCUAAGACUAAUUCAGCCCAAAAACCCCUUCGUGUAAACCAAUAGUAGCGACCUAGCACGGAUAUUUGCAGUGGACUCAUUUUUG